ACUUAGCAAAUUGAUUUUCUCGAUUCUGCAUUAAAGGGGUUGUAAAAGUUAAUAAAACAUCAUCUUUGUUGAAUAGUCAGGGAAUUAAAAUCAAAAAUAUGUCAACUGAAGAGAUUCCAUUACUAUUUACUGUUAAGAAGGAAUACUGCAGUGAUGACGAAGAAGAUUCAUCACAAUAUUCAGGUUUAAAUCAUUGUCAACAAACCUCAACAAAUAGGUCAAUCAAAAACAAUAUUAAAGUUCAAACUUUAAGUUAUUUGGACAUUGAAAACAUAAAGGAAGAAUCAGAUAGUGAAAAUGAAGAUUUUAUCUAUGAGAAACACAUCCAAUUGGAUAACUCUAGCAAUAAUAUAAAUCAGAUUGUUAAAAUAAAAGAAGAGGAUGAAUAUGAAUUUCGAAUUGUUGAGCUCAUCUCACUUAAAAACGAAAUUGAAGACAAUAAUCGACUAGAUUCAAUAGUGGAAUUCGAAGAUGAACAGAAGACUAGUUUUCGAAUUGAAGAUCUCAACAAUUAUGAAGAUCAAGGAUCAAUAGAUGCAACUGAAAGUCAAAGAAUUAGUUUGAACCAAUUUUCAAUGAAACCAAGAAUUAAACCAUCGAAUAUAAUUGACGGGAAUCCAAAAUUGGAUCAAUCAAAACUUGAAAAACAAAAUUUGAUCUUGCAUGCUUCAAAUCGAUAUAUACAAGAUGUAUCGAAUAGAAACCUUGUUCCUCAUCAAGACAGUUUAUCAACAAACAUCAAACAGGAACCAAAUGAUGAUGACUCAAUGACUUCCUCGUCAGUCACACAUUUGACAGCUUUUGAUGUCUCAAAAGUUAUCACAGAAAACUUUAUACAAAAGGAAAUUCUUCAAAAUUCCUCAAAAAUUUACGAAGAACCUUUGAAAUUUGACAAAACUUGCUAUCAAAAAUUUGCAAAUUUAUCAAAUAUCCUCAAAAGAUCAACACAAAAUGAGAAACUUAUGUCUAGAAUUCUACUUAAAAAUACUUCCAAUUCUCCGCCUCAGCAAAAAGCAAUCAAAAUGCAAAUAAUAUCAAAAACAAUAAGAUUGGACAAAACUGACUUAACAGAGCUGCCUACAAAUGUGAUGGAAAAGUUUAAUCUACAAAAGCAUUCAGUCAAUUUUGAGAAAAAGGAAGGUCAAGUAAUCAAUAUGUUCAAAGUUCCAUACUAUGUCUGUACAACGUGCUUAACAGUUUUUGAUACUCAAAAUAAUUUUUUCAUGCACUACAAAACUUUGCAUGCAACAGUAGAGAAGCCUUUUGAUUGCUGGAAGUGUGUGACUAGCUUUUGUACCUGGAAAGAUUUAUUAACUCAUUUAAAGUGCCAUGAUGAAAUACGAUCGUUUAGUUGUAAAUAUUGUUUUCAUCCAUUUAAGUUUAAAGAAACUCUUGAAAAACAUUUAAAAACUGUGCAUGUAGAAAAAGUUGAGAACAUGUCAUGUAAUGUUUGUGGAAGGAAUUUUGACAGUGAAAAAGACUUGUUGGUUCAUUCGAAUAGACAUGCUCGAGCUACGCAAAUUGUCAUUAAUGGAGAUCGUAUGAGCACAAAUGCUGUACAAAGAAACAACAGCAUCAAAUGCAUCUUCUGUCCAGAACAAUUCUUUAAAAAUGAAAAACUUGAAGAACAUUACAAAACCCACAAAGCACUUGUUCCGAUGAAAUGUCGAAGUUGCGGUAAAGAUGUAAUGAUCAAUCCUCAAUAUAUCAUCAAAAAUAUCAAAAUGAGAGAAUUCAAAUGUGUUGAAUGUUUGUCACCGAUUGGCUAUCAAAAAUCAAACUCAGAAAAAGGAAGUUCAGUCUCAAUUACAAAUGGCUUAGUAAAAAUCGAAAAGAAACUUGAACAGAAAGCUUCAUCCUCAAAAACUGCAACGACAGUCAAAUUGAACGAACCUUCAAAAUUAAUGACGAAAAACCAAGAAAGAAACAAAAUGUUAGUAAAAUGCAAUGUCUGUGGCAUCGAAGUUGGUUCAAAUGUUAAACUUUUCUGGCACAUGAAGAAGCAUGUAGAUAAAAAUGAAUUUCAAUGUUCAGUUUGUCAUAAAGACUUUGAUUCCCGUGAAGCAAUGGUUGAACACUGCAAAACUCAACAUUCAACAACAAAUGUAACGAAAUGUAAAAUUUGUAAUAAAGAGUUUCAUUUUGUUGACUUGGAAACUCACAUGAAGAUGCACAGAGAAUCUACUUUAGAAUCAUCGUCAACGCAGACAUCCUCAUUCUCACCAAAAAUUAUUAGACUCAACUCAAAAGGAGAAGCAACAAGCUCAAAUCAAAUUAAAUCUAAUACAAUUGAUAAGAGAUUACUUUUUGGAGCCAAUUGUCCUACAUGCAAAGACUAUGUACUACACACAAAUUUUAUAUCCCAUAAUCAAAAACAUGACAAAGAAAAAACUUUGAAACUUGUUCAAAAUAUUCAAAAUAGAAGAAAACAAGAAGGUCAAAUAAAAAAUUCAAAUUCUGAUUUAGGAAAUGAUGUUAAAAGUUUUAAAGGGAGAAAAAUUAUUCUCAAAAGAAAACCUGAAGAAAAUAAUGAAGGAGAAGUCGUUAAGCGAAUAAAGGUUGAGCAAUAAACUAUAAUGUACAUAUUAAACAUAAACAAUUGAUUUAAUUUCUUUUAGUUGAUAUCUUUUCACAAUUCUAAAUUUAAAGUUUGGAGCCUACGGGGUAGCUUUUUUUCUUAUUGAAAAAUAUAAGGGGAGGGGGAUGUGGCGGGGUGGUAGAUUUUUGCGAAUUUUUCAAAACAAACCCUUGCGAAAUGAAAAAUUUUCUGCUGACAAAGCAAGAUUUGUGCUCAAACCCCCCAUUCAGGAAAUCCCUCAAAUCGUUUGCUGUGUGUGGUUUUGGUGAUUAUUGGUGCGGUUUAACCUCAAGUUGUGUCAAACUCGAAAAAGGUUGGCCACCACUGAACUAUGUAUUAAGCUAUUCGACUAAUUAUGUAUAAAGAAUAUUCAUUAAAUGACAAUAUUUUUAAUUAUUUAAACCAGCGUUGUCAAAAUUGUGUGCCGCGGCACACUAAUGUGCUGUAGAAACUUUUUAAAACUGACACAAGCCGAAUACUGUGUGUUAUUUCGGUCAUGGCUUACCCUUCAGGUGUGCAGUGGCUCAAAAAAGUUCGGACAACACUGAUUUAAACUAAGCACUCUGAUGACACAAUAUUUAAUGUAUGUUAUAUGGUUUGGUAAACAAACUACUUUCGUGCUGUCUCCUUAAGGCUAUCGCUACACUCUGUGUGAUUUUGAAAAUAGUUUCGAUGGAACCUCCUAAUUAAACUGCUCCUUGAAGAUUUAUAUAUUUUUGUUUAAACCUAGUUUCCUUUAUUUAAUACCAUUUAAAGUUACACAAAAAAAAGGUUUUUUAUCACUUAAAAACUGUGAUAAUUGUCAAGACAUUUUCUUAACUUAUCCUUGACUUCAUUCCGUUUACGUAUGUUUUCCUGACUACAAACAUUUCCCAUCAUGUCAAUCCAAUAAACGUAAGUAAAAUCUAUGAAUUUUUCAUCGAUCGAAAAUAUUUUGUUGUGGCUUAAGUCAAUCGUAUUUAAUCUUCCAUUUACAGGAAAAGAGUCCCAGUGAAUUGUUGUCAAUUUGUUGGUAUGCAGGAAUAAAAAUUGUAAAUUUACUAAUGGUUUAAAAAUAUUUCUGCUCAGUUCUGAAAUUCCAUUUGCACCAAGAUUUAAUAAUUCGAGGUUUUGUAAAUUUUCAAACCAAUUUGGGUUCAAAGUUCCAAGUUUAUUAUAAUCCAGCCACAACAUUUCUAAGUUGUUGAGUGAUUUGAAAAUUUUUGGGGGUAAAGCUUUUAUUUGAUUUUUGUUAAGUGAUAGAUUUUUUAGAUUUGUCAAAUUUAUGAAGAUAUUUUGUUGUAGGGUUGUGAAUUUGUUGUUAUUCAGUGACAGCCAAGCUAGUUUAUGAUUGUUCAAGAAAAAAUUGAUUGGAAUGUUUUGAAGUUCAGUGUUAUUGACCGAGAAUUCCUUCAAAUUAUCACAAUCUUUUAUUAAAUUCUCGUUAAUCCACUUGAAUCCAUUUUUGAUGAUAAUUGUCUCCAAAUCUUUAAAUCUUUGACAAAUUGAAACUUCCGAUUGAUUAAAAAAUAAAUCAUCUACAGAAUUUCCAUUAAUUUUAACAAUUCGAACGUCAAAAUCGUUUUUAUUUCCUAUGUGAGUUCCAACAUUAUUCAACUUCAAAUCACAAGUAUAUCCAACAUUAUUCACAAAUUCAUCCAAAAAAUUACAUUGAAAACCAAAAAUCUGAUCAAAAUUCAAAUUCAGAAGCAAAAUCGAGCAAAACAAUAUUAAAUUCAUGACGAGAUAAUAAUUUUUAAUGUUAAACUUAGAACAUUUCAAGUACGACUAAAAAGCGCAAACAAGAUUAAUCUUAUUAAAAAUACUUGACGUCAUUAUUCUCGAGCUGAUAAUGCUCAUUAAUAGUUUUUAUGUUAUGAUUUUUUAUUUGAAAUAUUAAUUUAAUACAUUUCGCAAUGAGUCAAUAACAAAUGACAGAGAAAUACUUUUCUUAAACUUUAUUAUUAAAAGUUCUGACUUGUCUGAAUUUUAUUUACACGAUACAAAAGUUGUCAGAUAAGUUUGGUAAAAUGACUCACUUUGAUAUUUAAGAAUUUUUUAUGAUAAUUUAUGAGAAUUUAU